AUGAUCAAGGAGAUUACGGUGGUCUUGUUUCUUGGGUUGGCGGCAUGGAUGUAUCAGACCACCCAACCUCCACCUCCGAAGAUUUGUGGUACCCCAGGUGGCCCUCCCAUUACAGCACCUAGAGUAAAGCUGAGGGACGGGAGGUAUUUGUCCUACAAGGAGAAUGGUGUUUCUAAAGACACUGCCAAAGCUAAGAUCAUAAUUGUUCAUGGCUUUGGUUCUACGAAACAUGACUCAAUGAGUAUGACAGACUCUGUUCUGGAUGUUGUUCAGGAGCUGGGGCUGUACUUUGUGUACUUCGACCGGCCAGGUUAUGGAGAGAGCGAUCCUGAUCCAAAGCGAACUCCAAAAAGUAUAGCUUUAGAUAUAGAAGAGCUUGCUGAUCAUUUAGGACUAGGAUCUAAAUUUUAUGUGAUGGGGUUUUCCAUGGGAGGCCAAGUGGUUUGGGGCUGCCUCAAGUACAUUCCUCAUAGGCUAGCAGGAGCAACACUAAUUUCUCCCGUUGUCAACUAUUGGUGGCCUGGCUUUCCUGCAAACUUAUCAGCAGAAGCAUACUACCGACAGAUACCACAGGAUCAAUGGGCAUUACGCGUUGCUCACCAUUCUCCAUGGCUCACCUACUGGUGGAACACUCAGAAAUGGUUUCCUUCAUCAGCUGUUAUAUCCAUGAAGCCUGAAAUUUUCUCCCGUCAGGAUUUAGAACUCAUAUCCAUGUUUGCAAAGAAGAGAGAAGCCAGGCCACAAGCAACGCUGCAAGGAGAAUUUGAAUCCACACAUCGCGACUUGAUUGUUGGAUUUGGGAAGUGGGAAUUUGAUCCCAUGGAUCUUGAGAAUCCCUUUCCUAAAAAUGAAGGCUCAGUUCAUCUAUGGCACGGUGAGGAAGAUGUAAUGGUGCCUGCUAGCUUGCAGAGAUAUAUAGCCCAAAGACUUCCAUGGAUUAGCUACCAUGAAGUUCCUGGUGCUGGACAUAUAUUCACCGCCAUCCCACAGAAUUUCGAAAAAAUUGUAAAGGCUUCUUUUCUGGAAAAGGAGUGA